UGAAGUUCUAUUGGGCGGAAAAAGUAGAUAUUGCGGAAGCCAAGUCUGGGGCAAGUAUUGGGGGCAACCUCGAAAGGAACAAUCUAUAUGGAAGGAUUUUGACAUCCCAAAGCUAACAAAUGCAGGAUUUAUUCUUGAAUAUAUUGAUCCAGAACAAGUGGGCGAUCAGUUGAUAGGUGAUAUUGUCUCAAAGGAUAUCAAAAUAGAGGUGGAAUACUGGAUAGGUGGUAAUCCUAUGUUUAUGACUGAAGUGGCUGAUUUUCAGAAUUGUAUUACAACAACAGAACUAAAAAAGCUAGCCAAUACUGGUUGCAAUUAUACAUGGAAGGACAAGGGGGAAGAUAGCAGAGUUUUCUCGAAGAUAGACUCGGCUUUUGAAAAUGGUGAAUGGCUUGAUGAUAUGCCAGAUUGUAGGGAACAGUUUUUGGAAGAAGGAGUGAGUGAUCACUCACCUAUAUAUGUGAAAUUAGAAGGAGUCCAAACAAGAAGGAAAACAGUGUUUAAAUACUGCAACAUGUGGAGUACUCAUCCUAGCUAUACAUUAGUGGUACAAGGCGAAUGGCAUAUACAAAUUCAGGGGAACCAUAUGUUUAGUAUGGUCAACAAGCUGAAGAGAAAAGCUAAGUUGAGGAACUUGCAUGAUUCCUACUUCAAAAACAUUAUGAAUGAGGUAAGUGCAAUAAGGAGAAAGCUACUGGUUGCCCAAGAGAAACUGCAGGUAGACCCUUUGAGCCUGCAACUAUAGGAAAAGGACAACAUAGCAUCCAGAGUGUUUAAAAGAACUAGCUAUGUAGCAGAAAUGACUUUAGUAAAAAGAAGUAAAACCAAUUGGUUGAGGUUGGGGGAUGAAAAUACAAAGUAAUUUCAUGCUAUGAUUAAGCAGAAGAGGUUGCAACAAACUAUCACUCAACUACGUGGGAAGGAUAUGCAGAUAUGCAUUGAUCAAGGCAAAAUUAUGGAUAUUCUACUAAAGUACCAUCAGAAUUUGCUGGGAGAGAAAGGGAAUGCUCAUAGAAGUCCCAUCUCAAAAGUGUUCCUGAAUGCAAGACAUAGACUGACUAUUGAACAACAAAUAGAGCUAGUUAAGACUUACACAAGGGAAGAGUAAAAAAGGCUACGUUCAGCAUCAAUAUAAACAAAAGUCCAGGUCCUGAUAGAUAUAGCAGUGGGUUUUUCAGAGACUCGUGGCAUAUUGUGGGGGAAGAAAUUACAAAGACAGUACUAGAUUUUCUUCAUAAUGGGAAACUACUUAAGCAAAUGAAUGCAACAGUGAUAACUUUGAUACUUAAGGUAAGCAGACCUGAAUAUGUAAGUCAAUUUUGACCUCGUCAUGCUGUAAUAUGGUCUACAAGUGUAUAUCUAAGACACUAUGUACAAUAUUAAAUAUGGUACUAUCAGACUUGGUAAGUGACACUCAGGCUGCUUUUGUCAAGGAGAGAUGCUAAUUCAAAAUGUAUUAAUAUGUAAUGAUUUGAUGAGACACUAUAGAAGGAAAACAUCCCCAAGGUGUCUAAUGAAGAUAGACUUGCGUAAGCCAUAUAAUAUGGUGAAAUAGGACUUCUUAGAGGAAUUACUACCGACUUUUGGUUUUCCAGAAUAGUUUUGUUUCCUAGUGAUGACUUGUGUAACUACUACAAAAUUUUCUUUAAGGAUCAAUGGAGAGAAUCAUGGAUACUUCGAGGGGAAAAAGGAUUGCAAUAAGGGGACCAUAUAUGCCCUCUGUUGUUUGUCUUGGUGAUGGAAUUUUAACUAGAAUCCACAGGAAAAUAUGUGCUCUACCAGAUUUCAAGUUUCAUCAAAUUUGUAAAAACUGAAGCUGACCCACUUAAUAUUUACGGAUAAUUUGAUGUUAUUUUGCAAGGGU